UACUUCAACACCCAAUUUUUUAUUCUAACACAUUACAAUGCCAUACGCUCUCUCAAAAGCUCACCAGCAAUUGGUCGAAGGUCACCUUAAAGACAUCGACCCUGAAGUUGACCAAAUCAUUAAGGAUGAAGUUGACAGACAAAAGCAUUCCAUUGUGUUGAUUGCUUCUGAAAACUUCACCUCUACUGCUGUAUUUGACGCCCUAGGAACUCCAAUGUGUAACAAGUAUUCCGAGGGUUAUCCAGGUGCUAGAUACUACGGUGGUAAUGAACAUAUCGACAGAAUGGAAAUCUUAUGUCAAAACAGAGCUUUAGAAGCUUUCCAUGUCACUCCUGAUAAGUGGGGUGUCAAUGUUCAAACUCUUUCUGGUUCCCCAGCCAACCUUCAAGUUUACCAAGCCAUCAUGAAGCCUCACGAAAGAUUGAUGGGUUUAGACCUUCCUCAUGGUGGUCACUUGUCUCACGGUUACCAAACUGAUUCCCGUAAGAUUUCUGCCGUUUCAACUUACUUUGAAACUAUGCCAUACAGAGUUGACUUGGAAACUGGUUUGAUUGACUACGACAUGUUGGAAAAGACUGCUGUUCUUUACAGACCAAAGGUUUUGGUUGCUGGUACAUCUGCCUACUGUCGUUUGAUCGACUACAAGAGAAUGAGAGAAAUUGCUGACAAGGUUGGUGCUUUCCUCGUUGUCGACAUGGCUCACAUCUCAGGUUUGAUUGCUGCUGGUGUCAUCCCAUCCCCAUUCGAAUAUGCUGAUAUUGUUACCACUACUACCCACAAGUCUUUGAGAGGCCCAAGAGGUGCUAUGAUUUUUUUCAGAAGAGGUGUUAGAUCCAUCAACCCAAAGACUGGUCAAGAAGUUUUGUUCGACUUGGAAAACCCAAUCAACUUUUCAGUCUUCCCAGGUCACCAAGGUGGUCCACAUAACCACACUAUCGCUGCUUUGGCUACUGCUUUGAAGCAAGCUGCUACUCCAGAAUUCAAGGAAUAUCAAGAACAAGUUUUGAAGAAUGCUAAGAUCUUGGAAGAAGAAUUCACUAAGAAGGGUUAUACUUUGGUUUCCCACGGUACCGACUCCCAUAUGGUUCUUGUUUCUCUUAAGGACAAAAACAUCGAUGGUGCUAGAGUUGAGACCAUUUGUGAAAAGAUCAACAUUGCUUUGAACAAGAACUCUAUUCCAGGUGAUAAGUCUGCUUUGGUUCCAGGUGGUGUUAGAAUUGGUGCUCCAGCUAUGACCUCCAGAGGUUUGGGUGAAGAAGACUUCAAGAAGAUUGUCAGCUACAUUGACACUGCUGUCAACUACGCUAAGGAAAUUCAAGCUAACUUGCCAAAGGACGCUAACAAGUUGAAGGACUACAAGGCCAAGGUUUUGCAAGGUGAAGAUGAAAAGUUGAAGGCUUUGAAGGAAGAAAUUUCUCAAUGGGCUGGUGAAUUCCCAUUGUCUGUUUAAAUUUAGUCAUGAAUGUUAUAUUGUAUAUCUUUUAUUAAUCAAUACGAAUCAAAUUAAUAC